AUGACUUCCCACUCAUGUAGCAGCCGCUCCCCUGCGACCUUUUGCGGCCAGCAGUUGAAACCAGCGCACACGAUCAGAGUGGGUGGUUCUACCGACGACCCAGAUUAUGUGCUGCAGACUGCCGUAAGCUCGAUUUCGCCGCUUCUGGCAGCGUCCACGUCAGCGCCCGCCAUCAAAUCCUUCGACGUGGCAUCCGGCGCGUCCCUGGGUGACGUGGCAGCGCGCCACCCUGGCACGGUGACGGAUUUAGGGUUUGCGGAGGCGGCUUUUGGGGGGGCGGGGCCGGGAAAGGAGGUGCUGCUGUCGUCAUCGUCCGAAUCUGCGGUUUACGUUUGGGACGCGCGCGCUCGAUCGCAGGCGGGUGUGUUCCCCGCGUAUGAGGGGGCGGGCGAGCUGUGGAGCUGCAGCGGGGGAGGGGGGAGCACAGGACACCUCCUGGCGGCUGGAGGCAACUCCCAGGUAAGGUGCUUUCUGGGGGAGGCAGUAUCUGGCCAUCUUUCUGUGGGACAUGCGGUCCAGCCGACUGCUGGGGCGACUGGAGGACGCACAUACGGAGGACGUUACUCAGGUUCGCUUCCACCCUUUCCACCGCACUGCACUCCUCUCAGCCGCGCUCGACGGCCUCAUCUGCCCUUUGACCUCUCUCCACCGUAUGAAGCAUCCCUCUCCGCCUCGACAGUAACUACCACCCCAGCAGAAGCAGAGCGUUAUGCGGAUUCCGACCCGCUCCAGUCAGUCCGUAAUAAGCCCUGGCACAUCCAUCUCCCGCAUUGGCUUCUUUGGCCCAUCUGCCUCUGCUCUUUGCCUUUCCUCUCUCCCCCCACCAGCCUCUGGGAUCUCUGGACUGGCGAUCCCAUUGCAUCGUUUGACGAAAUUCGGUCAACUCUCUCCGAAAAGUGGCCCCUUCAAGUCCCUGUGGAUUAUCUGAUAACAUGUGACUAUUCCCCCUCGCCCAACCCCCGCCUCCGCCUUUUUGCCGGUUCCCACCUGGGUCAUGCAGCCGCCUUCCCCAUCUCCCUCCCCCCCACCUUCUCCAAUCCAUCUCACCCUGCUGCUGCUGUUGCCGCUGCGGCUGCUUCUCGUGAUGAUGAUGCAAUGAUGACAGAGCAUCCACAUGGCAGCACCAGUGUGAGUGUGCCACCUGGCACCUGCCAGGUCAGCGGCCCGGACAUGCUCCUAUCCGGGGCGCAUUCAGGGGUGGUGAGGGAUGUGGUCAGAGUGGCACCGCCAGCAUCUCAUGCUGCUUUGUCUAGCGGAACAGCUGUGACUUUUUGGACAGGAGGGGAGGAUGGGUGCUUGUGCCAAUGGGAGGGGAUCGAGGGGCAGGAGGAGGAGGAGGAGGAGGAGGGGUUGGAGGAUGGAGGGGUGAAAGGGAGUAAGCGGAAGGGUAAGGGGAAGGACCGGUUUAAGCCGUACUAG